CCCUCCACUGCAGAAGAUAAGCCAUCCAGUGCUGAAGAUAAGCCAUCCAGUGCUGAAGAUAAGCCAUCUGUUGAGGAAGAUAAGCCAUCUGUUGUAGAAGAUAAGCCAUCUGUUGUAGAAGAUAAGCCAUCUGUUGAGGAAGAUAAGCCAUCUGUUGAGGAAGAUAAGCCAUCUGUUGUAGAAGAUAAGCCAUCUGUUGAGGAAGAUAAGCCAUCUGUUGUAGAAGAUAAGCCAUCUGUUGUAGAAGAUAAGCCAUCUGUUGUAGAAGAUAAGCCAUCAAGUGCAGAAGCUAAGCCAUCUAUUGUGGAAGAUAAGCCAUCCAGUGCAGAAGCAAGGCCAGUCAGUGCAGAAGAUAAGCCUGUUGAAGUGGAAGAUAAGCCAUCCACUGCAGAAGAUAAGCCAUCCACUGAAGAAGAUAAGCCAUCCAGUGCAGAAGAAAAGCCAGCC